CAGAAGCAAUUAAUUUCUAGACUACAAAGUUUCAGACAUAAUGUCAUCAUCUUCUCCUACACAGCAGCAUCAUAGACGCCUCUUUGAGCUGAUGGAAGAGCAGCAGGAGCCAUUCAUCCUAGAUGUGUAUCUCAUGGAAAAUGGUUUGACAUGCAAGGCAUCAACAAGAACAACACAUGUUUGCUGGCCAAGCUUUGCAUGCAUGAAGCUUCAGAGCUUUAAUAUUCAUGGUAUCAGAAAGAACAGAGGCUGGUUGCUGAAUUUCAUUCUUAACAAGUUGUUGCAUGGAAAAGCUCUGCAGCAGAAGGGUGGGAAUGGAGGAAUGUUUAGUGUUGUUGAAGAAGUGGAUGAAGAGGUGGAGAGCUCAGUUGAAGAAAGAUCUCCAUUGCACCACAUUAAGACAGCCAAGCAAGAAGAGAAUAUUACUGCAAGAGAACCUCUAGACAAGGGGAAGGUUGUCAAUGAAGUGAUGAUCUUUUCAUUAGAGAAGAAGAUGAGAAGUUUUUCAGCUUCUAAAGAAAAGUGGGGACAAUACCAGCGUACAGCGAGAGAGAUUGGAACUGAAAUAGAAGUUCUCAUAUUUGAAGACAUCUGUGAAGAAAUAGUUCUGGAUUUGUUGGACUUGUUUAGUUUUAGUAUGUAGUUAGUUGAUCUUGGCAAAUGCUAACAUCACAUGAAAUA